UAACCCUAAACUCAACCCUAUCUUCUCGAGCUCCAUCCACACCCUACACAAGUGAGAGCUCCAUCGCACGAGUUUCUUCCUCUCUCCUUCUUAUUUUGCAAUAUAAAACUGUGCUCCUCCGCUCCCCUUGCCGGCGGUGCUACCGUCCUCCUUUUGACGUUUCUCUUGAGCUCAGAGCCGGCGGCUCCAUUCACACUCCACACAAAUCUAACGAGCUUCUCCCUCUCUCCGUCAACGAGCUGCUUUUUCUCUCCGUCGCACGAGCAUCUUUUGCCGCUGUCGCCGCCGCUCGCGUCGCACGAGCCCUCUCUGCCGCCGCUCUCGUCGCAUCUGCUCCUUUCGUCAUCGUCCCUUGGAGAUCUGCUUUCAUUCCUUUCGUUCCUUUCGCUUGGAGGUUAGAUUUCAUGCAGAUCUGCUUCAAUCAAAACAAAUGUCCUAAAAGCUGGUUGUAACGAUGAAGGAAGACAAUAUAAUAUGGUGUUGUCUAUAUUGUUGAAGGGAAAAGGGAAGAGUUCUUGGAACAGGUUUUGAGUUCUAGGAACAGAUCAAGAUCAAGGAGUGGAAAAAAGAGAUAUUCAUAUGCGGAAUGCUCAUCAUCUUCUUCAGAUUAUAGGAAGAUGUGGCAAAGAACAGCAAGGAUAUUUUUAAGCAGUUUGAUGGAAAUUUGUGUAGGAAAUUGAUGGCUUGAAGUCACGGGUGGUUGAAUGUUCCGGAGACAAAGACAUGAUUAAUAUGGCGACAGAGGAAAUGGGGCAGGCCAUAGAAGAAGAACGAAGACUGCAACAUUUGCUGUUCAAGUCCUUACUUCCUAAGGACGAUGCUGAUGAAAGAAACUGCAUUUUGGAGGCACUGGUGGGGAGGAGGGCUUCUUUGUUUGCAAUGGACAUCUUCAAAAAUGUACGAAAAGUAUGCUUACAAGAAUGGCUGGAAAUUUGAAGUAGUAGAUAUUGCUCAAUCAGAUAUUAAAGGAUACAAGGAAGCUAGUGCAGCAAUUGUCGGAGAUGGUGCUUUUGGGAAACUAAAAUUUGAAAGUGGAAUCCAUAGAGUACAGAGAGUUCCUGUGACGGAAAAAUCAGGACGAGUUCAUUCCAGUGCUGUUUCUUUUGCAAUCCUCCCUCAGGCCGAUGAGGUUGAUGCUCAAUUGAAGAAUGAAGACCUAAAAAUUGAUACCUAUAGAUCUAGUGGUUCGGGUGGUCAGCAUGCAAAUACAACAAACAGUGCUGUUAGAAUAACUCACAUUCCAACUGGGAUUACAAUUUUUAUACAAAAUGAGCGUUCUCAACACCAAGUUUCAAGAUUGCAAGCUGAGAGGGAUCUUAGAGCGGCAUUGGAAGUUGGAUUGAGUAUGUCUUCAUGAUAGUUUUCCAGUUCACGCGGCAUGGAUUCCAAGACAAAGGCCGAGCUGGAGGAGAUUGUACUUGCUGAAGCUGAUGUUGCCAGGUUGAAGCAGAAAGUUGCGAAACUUCACCAUCAACUUAACCAGCAGCGAUAGCAUCACUAUGGUUCACUUACAGAUGUGGGUGAUCGAUACUAACAUGCCCAAAACCAUCCUCAGCAGAGAUUUUUUCAGCAAGAUUUUGAUUCAACUCUUGCCUUUUUGUAAUCAUGAAAGGAAACAAAGGACCGAGGAAGGCUUGUUGGGCACAGAUUGGAGAAAUCUCAAAGGACAUGUAUUAGCAGCCGGUAAUGGCAGUCGACAACCUACUCGAAAGCAAUUUAU